AUGAUCAAAGAGUUGAACGUUUUGCAAACAAAUGCCAGAAGGAGGGAUUGUUCAAGUAUGUAUUUUCAUAUGAAAUUAGUAACUUUUUUGUUUGCUUAAAAGGAGGGUGGAUGGGAUCGUGGAUAGGGCGGGUCUCCAUUCGCAGCACCUCCACGCGGUGAGACCUGGGCAAUCGUAUUAUUUGACAUACAGUUACUAAUUGCAUCAGUGCACGUGAUACAGUUAUGAAUUGUACAACAAUUAAUACGAGCUGAUUGGCUGCGAUCGCUAUUAUAUAAUCCUGUGAGUCAAAUUUCUGUGUUAAAUAUUUUUACAUCGAAUCGAUGUUAUAAUUUCUAUGUCAUCUCCAAACAUUACGUUUACGAAGAAAUAUCGAGUAUCAGAUCAAUUUUCUCUUUCAAACAUAAUUUUGUAUCGGAGAAAUAAAUCAAUUUCUUCUAAAUUCCUCAAUUUUCGAAUAAUUAUGGAAUGCAAAGAAUUUCUUAAGGAAAAUUCUUAAAAUUAUUAUUUUAGAACGUUAAGUAAUAUACAGUUACGUAUAAUUAUUCACACAACUCGUGUAACAGAGGCUUCCAAUAGAUAUCAAUUCAUUCAGCGGUUAUAUUUCCGCUAGAAAAGGUAAAACGCCUAGUAAAGGAACAUUAUUGCCCAGAGCCAGAGCCAUUUAGACAAUUUCUGUCCCGAUAUCGAGAAAGAGGGUCCCGUGGCAAAGGAGAUACUGGGAAAAUUCUAAUCGAUCCAGCCGGCGGAGGUAUUGUGACUCCGGUUAAACUUUCAACUAUGUGGAAAACCACAAUUUAA